AGUCCGAGGAGGAGAAUGUGACGCCAGAGUAGGCGGGGCGAGAGGGCGGAAGUUGUUGUGUUGCUGCGGGAGGCUGUUUGUCUGUGCUGCUGCUGACACAGCCGGGAUCACCGAGCCAGAGAUUUUCUUUCCUCUUCUCCCGAGCGCACCCUGAUGAGCGGCCCCGGAUUCAGGCUCCUUCCACUAUAGCUGGCCCAGCUGGACUCUAUGGAAGUGAUGGAAAGUCCCCUGAACCUGGCACAUCAGCAAAGCAGAAAAGCGGAUCGGUUUUUGGCAACAGGCAAAUAUGAAGAGGCCAUUGCUUGCCACAAGAAAGCUGCCGCUUAUCUCUCAGAGGCCAAGAAGCUGACACAGUCUGAGCAGGCUCAGCUGUCUCUGGAGCUCCAGAGGGAAAGUCACAUGAAGAACCAAUUGUUGAUCCAAGAGAGACUGAAGCGAGCGAGGAGAGAGGAGAAACUCAGAGCCCAACAAAAAUCAGUAGCGGCGGAGAAGGAGCAGACCUCGCGUCUCCAGGCCUCCUACAGAUCCGCUACUGAUGAAGUCAUUAGCCAAAAUACACUGGUUUCUGCGGGGCAGAAAUCAGGUUCCAACCCAGGGAAGGGCUCGGAGGAGAUCCCCAGCGUGCUGGAUAGAGAGCCAGACUCUCUCAUGUACUUGCUGCAGCGAAGGAAGGAGCCGGUGGAGACGUGCAAGCUUUCCAAAGCUUUCCCUAAAGAUGACAAAACCAAACUGGAGGAGCAAACGACCACCAUCAAAGAGUUAAACCAACUGGUGGACACGCUGCUCGCCGAGAACGAGGCGUUGAGAAGGGAGAACAAGAAGCUGCGGGCAGAAGUGGCCAGGCUGCAGAAGCAUCCCGAAAAGGAUCUGGACAUCUAUACGGAUUUUGUGGAGAAGUCAGAACUGUGGAAUUUGCAGCAGCCGACGGGAAGCUCAGCCAAUCCCACGUCUGCCUGGCAGAAGUUUGUAGCGCACAGUGGCAAGUGCACGGACAUUCCCAAUCUUCCACCUCUAGACAUUCCUCUGCCGGAGCUUCCCCCUCUAGAGCUCCCCGAAGAUAUACAAUCCCAGUUUAAAGGACUUAUGGAUAGCUAGAGACCUCGACCAUCCGUGUACAAUCUCCAGGAAAGGGAAAUCUAUCAGGGCAGCAAUACCGUAAGGACAGUAGCACUGGACCAGGAUUCACUGUCAGAGGAAAUGUACAGGAUACUAGUCGACACGUCACUGUGAAACGGUCACUACGAGUUCUCCUGCUGAACCAACCGGAAAUCUACAACUGAUAAUAUUUCUCCCAUAUUUCUUUAUCUUCUCUCUCAGUACUGCCUGGAAUCAUUGUUGCCUACAGUUUCUAAGCAGUGUGUGCACUUCCCUAACAGAGAUAAUGCAGAGCCUGUCUCUUUUAACAUACUUGUUAUGCAUUCGGAAUGUAUUUAUCUUUUUAUGCACAAUACCCAGGUCCUCAGAGGGGGACCAAACAUGGGAGACUGCCAUUGGACAUUCAGAGAGUGGGGUCCGGCAAA